AUGUCAUCGCUGUGGAUUAUCAACAAGGCGGGUGGCCUGGUAUUCCAGUCGGAGCACUUCCAAUACCCACAUAAGGCGAACGAAGAAACGGAGCUGUCUUCAAAUGAUUAUCUAGUGCUGGCUGGGACUUUACACGGAAUUCACGCAAUUUCUGCGCGCAUCACUCCGACACCGGGAAAGGUGUGUGCAGGGCUGGAAGUGCUGGAGGCGGAUAACCUGCUUAUCCAUGUGAAGAUGACCGAGACGGGGACAAAGUUUGUGAUGCUCACAGAUCGGACGCAUGCAAACCCUGGCAAAACUCUGGAGGAUUCGUACGGCUUGUACGUGGACUACGUUAUGAAAGAUCCUUUCUACAUUGCCGAGAUGCCGAUCCGGGUCGAGGCGUUUGAGCGAAAAGUUGCAGACUUGCUUACCUAG